AUGGAGGGACACAGAGGGAAGCAGGAGAAGAAGAGUCAAUUCAGCGACAACACACCUCCUGUAAUGUGGAUAGAUCGAAAUUUGGUGCUUCUGGAUACAGAACCUGUAGGAAGUGUGGUGACUAGGGCCCGUGCGGAGGACAACGAACAAGAUCAGCUGACUUAUGGCUUGGAACCUCUUGGACACAACUACAACGGAAAUGACAGUCCGCAACCGCCGCUUCCCUUCUUCAUCGACAAUAGCACCGGCAUUAUCUACGUUAAUGAAACGCUCAAAGGCAAAGGAGGGCAGAACCUGUUCCUUUACGUGACCGUCUCCGACGGUCAACUCACGACAAAGACCGAAGUCUACGUCACUAUCAAGAACACUUCGGGUCCCAAGGAACCCGACUGGACCAGGAGCCCUGUAGGUUCAGCUGGCAGAAGACGCCCGCCAUUGUUACCGGGAGUAGUUCCUGGACAGGGAUUAUUCCGUAAAUUGGGGAUACCGCCGUCACCAGUGGCUGUGCCACCCAGUAUUCCGAAAACGACGAAGUUACAGCCUGAAGACGCGAAACAGGCCGAGGUUGAUCCCGGUCCUGGCACCACCGGUGUUCCGCAACAGCCCAUAGAGGAGAACGAGGUCGAGGGGCCACCUCUCAGCUCGAAAAUUGCACCUGCCGAGGCACCGCCUUCUCAAGAUAUAGCGAUCACGUUGGUACCAGUCACGGCGGUCUGCGUGCUCGUCGUGGGCCUCGGUAUGGGUGCGUGGUCCCUGAGAAACAAAUUUUGCAGGAAUCGGAAAUCCAAAGAGGACACGAAAGAACAAGCUUCAGUCAGUGUCUCAAAUAUAUCAGACGAUCCAUCGCUUGUCUUAAAAAGAUGGCGAGGGCCAAAAGCGCAUAACAAUCGAUAUGAACCCUGGGAAAAAGAGAAUCAAAGUGCACAAAAUAAACAAGAAGACAAAUGGGAAUUUCCACGGCAUCGAUUAAAGGUCUUUAAUAUUCUUGGCGAGGGUUGCUUUGGUCAAGUUUGGAAAUGCGAGGCCUUAGAUAUUGAUGGGAAAUCAGGAGCAACUAUCGUGGCGGUGAAGACAUUAAAAGAAAAUGCCACUGAAAGAGAGCGGCUAGAUCUUGCACAAGAGUUGCGGGUCAUGAAAAAUUUGGAUCCCCAUCCCAACGUAGUCAGAUUAUUAGGUUGCUGUACAGAGCGCGAACCGAUGUUCGUGAUUUUAGAAUACGUAAGCGGUGGAAAACUACAGAGCUUUCUAAGAGCAUCUAGAGAAGAAAGAAAUCAUGGUGGACCCGGAUUGACGUCCAGGGACUUAACUGGAUUUGUUUACCAGAUAGCCAAAGGUAUGGAGUAUUUGGCUUCGAAAGGAAUUAUACAUAGAGAUCUAGCCGCGAGAAAUAUAUUGAUAGACGAGAAUCGUGCAUGCAAAGUCGCAGACUUCGGAUUUGCCAGAGAUGUGGCUGCUAAUCAAAUAUACGAAAGGAAGUCCGAAGGUCGGCUGCCCAUCAGAUGGAUGGCUCCGGAGAGUCUCUACGAUAACAUCUUUUCCGUGAAAUCGGAUAUAUGGAGUUUCGGCGUAUUAAUAUGGGAAAUUGUAACGCUGGGUUCUACGCCUUAUCCCGGCUUAGCCGCCGCAGAGGUAAUGAGAAGAAUCAAAGAGGGCUAUAGACUAGACAGGCCAGAACACUGCAAGAGAGAGCUUUAUAACAUUAUGUAUUAUUGCUGGGACAAAGAUCCAGCAUGUAGGCCAUCUUUUGGGGAACUCGUCAGUUUAGCAGAAGGCCUUUUACUCGACGAAACCGAUUACAUCGAAUUAGAUAGGUUCCCGGAUCAUUCGUAUUAUAACGUGCUCAAUCUCAGCGGGGAAAAAUUGUAAAUGAUGUACUCAUAAUAGUAUAUUAAGUACAGUGGGUACCAUUGACAUUCGUCAAUUAUUCUCAAAUAAUAAAAAUCGUGUACAGCUUUAAAGUAUAGCUAAUGAAUAUUAUUCAAUUCGAAAAAUUUUAUUGAAUCAAGAAUACAGAAUACUAAAAUUUGAUUCUUAAAAAAUUGAUACCUGCGUUAUUCCGUCAAACAUGGCUGAUUUGUAUGAAUGUUCAAUAUUAUAAUUCGGUUUGUAAUUAUAAAUGAACUGAUUAUAUAGUUUUUUAAGUCUUUCAGUCUGUAUAUACGCAAAACAAUUUAUAAAUCUAUUUUAUUAUCAUGACUGGUCAAUGAAAUCCAAUAAUUGUACAUAAAUUCAUUACCAAUAUAGGUAUUUCAGAACCAGUUUACAUUGAAAUUAAGUUAAUCGAGAGAUUACCUGAAUUAUGUCAAGUUGUAUAUAAUAUAACAAACGAAACUUCUGAACGUUUCACACGUUGAACGAAUUACAAGUAUGUAUUCUAAAGAGAAACGAACGUCGUGAACUAGUCAGAGUUUAAAUAAAUUUUUAAUUUAUAUUCGCAUUAAACUUUACGCACAAAUAAGCAUACUAUAUUCUACAAGCUAUAUGAAAAGAAACGAUAUGAAAUUCAGUAAUUGAAUGCAGAGAAAACGUUAUGUACUAGUUAAGAAACAAUUACUCAAAUAAUGAGAACUUCUUAUAUAUCGUCGUUCAAGUUUAACAGUGACGCAAUUGCAAAACAGUGAUUUUUCAGGAGACGGGAAA